CUCUAUUGUUGUUUAGUCACACAUCACAAGUGAUAUCUUGUGUCGCCUUUUUUGCUGAAUUGGGGCUUGCUUUUCUCUAUCAAACCUUUCUUCGAAUUCUCCUUCAUUAUUUUCCCUUUAACCCCCUUUCUCUCUUUCUCUUCUAUUCAUUUGAAAUUGUUCAUUUUCUUCAAUCACCUCCUUUUAUUAUUAUUAUUUUUUAUGAUCUCUCUCUUUUAGCCUACGCUUAUCUACUCAACCCUUCUCUUCUUCUUCUUCUUGAUUCAAUCAUGGCUGAUCCUUACUCCAAUUACUUCAAUGGAUCAUGGUUUAAUUAUCCUCCUCUUCAUCUUUUCUCUUCCUCCAAUCCUUCUUCCAAUCCUCUUAAUAAUUUUUCUACAAACCCCUUUGGUUAUUAUAACAAUUUCUACUCAAAUACCAUCAACUAUCAUCAAUCUUCUUCUUCUUCUUCAUCACCUCCUUCUCCUCCUCUCAAAGAAGCUCUCCCACUCCUCAAAUUGAGCCCCACAAGACAUCAUCACAAUGAACAACAACAGCAACAAGAUUCCACAUGCAGUGCUGCCAUGGAAGUUGAUAAAAAACGCUUCCUCUCUAUUUCCAAUGAUGAUGAUGAUGAUACUGUCACUGUUGCCCUUCAUUUAGGCCUUCCAAGUCCUAGUUCUAAUGAGUUGAUCUCAGGAAUCUCCUCAGAUAAAGAAGAAGAUGUUUCCGUUGAAACAACAACAAGUCUCAACAAAGGCCAAUAUUGGAUCCCAACUCCUGCUCAGAUUCUGAUUGGUCCAACUCAAUUUUCAUGUCCUCUUUGCUUCAAAACCUUUAACAGAUACAACAACAUGCAGAUGCAUAUGUGGGGGCAUGGAUCUCAAUACAGAAAAGGGCCGGAGUCUCUAAGGGGAACACAGCCAACCGCCAUGCUGAGGCUUCCUUGCUAUUGUUGUGCUCCUGGCUGCAGGAACAACAUCGACCAUCCGAGGUCAAAACCAUUGAAGGAUUUUCGAACUCUUCAGACGCAUUACAAGAGGAAGCAUGGGAUCAAGCCUUUCAUGUGUAGAAAAUGCGGCAAGGCGUUUGCGGUGAGGGGGGAUUGGAGAACCCACGAGAAGAAUUGUGGGAAGCUUUGGUAUUGUAGUUGUGGGUCUGAUUUUAAGCACAAAAGGUCUUUGAAAGAUCACAUUAAGGCGUUUGGACAUGGCCAUGCGUCUUGUGGAAUUGAUUGUUUUGAAGAAGAUGAAGGUGCCUCUGAAAUUGAGCAAGAUAAUGAAUCCUCCCGUGACAUUGAUUAAAUGGGAUCUUAAGAGUCUACUGCACUGAAUUAUUUCAUCAUCAUUUCAGCUGACACUUUGUUUUGUUUUUGUCAUGGCUUUAAGAGUUAAAAAUUAUAAGAAAUAUAUACUUUUGAGAGCCAUGAUCAUUUUUCGUAAUUCUUCUCCUUUUGUUCAUUAGUGUUUCUUCUUAGUAUCGUGAAGUGGACUCCUCUUUAUUUAUCAAUGUUAAUCCCAAUUUCCUGUAGUUUUA